ACUUCACCAGCUUGGAGCCGGCGGCGUAUCAACCUCUGUGGUUGGUCAUUUGCAUCCGCGCGUGCAGCAGGGUGCUUUGGGUGUGGCGGUCGGGGGAGCCCUGCAGCACUUGGCUGUUUUUUUGGGGUGUGGCUCGUCCUCGUGCCCUUGUUGCCUGGUGCCUGGUUGCCUGGCGCCCGCCCUGCUGUGAUGCCCUGCUUGGCAGCGGACCGCACCCCUGCAGGUGGGGGCAAUGCUGCCAGCCCGUUCUUCAGCCCCGGGCUGCAGCUCCACCUUGCCCUGUCCACGCAUAGCGUGGCGCACGGCGUGCAGGACCUGACGACGCAGCCUCAGGGCCCCAGCCUGCCUACCUACCCAGUCCUUCUGGUGGGUGCCACCACGGGGCUCCCAGAGGGCGAGCAGCUGUCCUCAGCUGGCGUCCGGGAAGUGACCAGCGCUGCCUUGUCAGUGCUGGACACCCUGUGCAGGCAGGGCAACCAGCCGCAGCUCUUGCAGGGCCACUCUCUGCACAGCACAGGCCGCCCCUCCCGCACGUUUGCGGGGCUGGCCUUCAGCCGGCGCGCGACCAGCGCCAGCAAAGCAGCCUUCACAGCGGAGCUCAUGCGCAGGUCACCGCUGGCGGUACCGCUCCAGCGCGGUCAGGCUGUCCUCACGGUUCACGUGCCGGUGGACACCCGGCCCAUCAUUCCGGGCACCUACACCGUCACGGUCAAGAUGGCGGGCGGCUAUCCCACCACCUCGGACCCCUCUAACCUGGCGUGUGCUUAUGUGGUCUCAGAGCAGUGCGCCAAAUCGGUGGGCCCCAAGGGGGAGCCCCAGGCCCCCGCAGGCCAGGGCAUCACCAACCACAUCUUUGCCUGUGUGCGGGGCCCCAUCUGGGACCCGCAGCUCUCUCACCUGCACUGUGCCAAGUUUGAGAUGCCUGGUGAGGAGCCCAUGCAGGUGGAGGUCCGUGGCGCCCCCCAGGCGGCUGGGACGGCCACGACAGCUGCGGCAGGCAGCCCUGCUCCGGCUGCAGCCGGGGUCGCCGACCUGGGUGUCAACACCUUGGGUGGGGUGAGGCCCGCGGCUGCCAUGGCGACCGCAGCGGACAUCGUUGACCACGUGGGGGACGUGCAGAUGCAGGAGGCAGCGGGUUUGGGUGACGCGGCGGCUGCAGCUGGUGGUGCCAGCGGGCCACACAGCGGGGCCCCGCCCCCGCUGCCAGUUCUGGUGGCGGGGGGAAGCAACCGUGCUGCUGCGGCUGCACUGCGGGCCGCGCUGCAGCAGCAGCCCUCUUCGCAGCAGCGGGUGGCAGCGGGAGGGCUUAGCGGGGUCCAGCCGGCGACAGGUGUGGGGGGGCCGCCGGCGGCCAGGCCUCGCCCUGCCGGUGCUGGGCCGGCUGGCGUGCAGCAGCAGCAUAGUGGCGCUCCCGCGCCACAGCCGCCCUUGGAUCAGCGGGCAGCCGCCGGGCAGGAUCAGGAGCAGACCGCUGGGAUGCGGCGGUACUUGGCCGCGCUGGCGGACCUCAAUCUCCAGCGGCAACGGCGGUUACAGCAACAGCAGCAGCAGGAGCUGCAGCGCCAGGGGCAGUCGCCCAGGCCCCGGACCGGCUCCCAGAUGCAGGAGGCGGCGGGUGUGGGUGACGCAGCGGCUGCCGCUGGUGGCGCCAGCGGACCACCCGCCGUGGCCUCGCCCUCGCUGCCAGCUCUGGUGGCGGGGGGAAGCACCCGUGCUGCUACGGCUCCCCGGAGGGCCGAGCGGCAGCAGCCGCCCUCUUCACAGCAGCGGGUGGCAGCGGGAGGGCUUAGCGGGGGGCAGCCGUCGGCAGGCGUGGGGGGGCCGCCGGCGGCCAGGCGUCGCACUGCCGAUGCUGGGCCGGCUGGCAUGCAGCAGCAGCCCAGUGGGGCUCCCGCGGCACAGCCGCCCUUUGAUCAGCGGGCAGCCGCCAGGCAGGAUCAGGAGCUGGCAGCUGCGAUGCAGCGGUACUUGGCAUACAAGGCGGACCUCCAUCUCCAGCAGCAACGGCGGGUACAGCAACAGCAGCAGCAGGAGCUGCAGCACCAGGUGCAGCCGCCCAGGCCCCGGACCGGCUCCCGGUUUGGGGUCCUGGCCACGCUGGGGGGACAGGACGGGGCAGGUGAUGGCGCUGCCACGGUGGCGUCCGGGCGUGGGCGACGGGUGCAACCAGCCGCGCACGCACCGCCGCCGCCGCCGCAGCUCCAGCCCCGCUCCAAAGGGCGCUGUGGCCCCGCCCAGCUCCCGCAACAGAGGGCAGGGCGCUUGGGCGGCGGGCUGCCUCCCCCACAGGACGGUGCUAGCUCGCCGCCGCACGUGCCCACUGGGCGGCUGGCCGGGGGACAGCAGGCUGGUGGGGACAGCGGGUCGGGGCGCCAGGGGGGAGGAGCGGGGCGGGCAGUGCCCCAGCCGCCGCCCCAGGCAGGGCCGCCACUGCAGACGUCACAACCGGCGGGUGGUGGUAAGGGCAGGGGCAGGGGCCUGGGCGCGCCGGCUGGGGUUUCGGCCGACACGGCUGGGCGCGCUGGUGGGGGUGCGGGCAGUGAGGCGGAGUACGGGGCCGUUUGCCUGACCCGGGACACGUGUGUUGCCAUCGGCUCUGACCUCGUGACGCACCAGAACCGCUGCGCAGAUGUGCAGGGGUAUGAGUGGGCGCAGCUUGGCCGCGACACGCUUGGUGGCCGCCUCCUCGCCUACCUCCAUGACCAGGGCGCCACCGUACCGGACUGGGCCGUCUGCCGUGUGCCGGCCGGCCGUACCGCCGUCCUGGCGCAGCUGCGCGACGAGUUCACUGGCUGGUGGCGCCUAUACUCAGCCCAGCCUGCCGACACGCCCCUGCCUUCCGACGUGACGGAGCAGCUGGAUGACGCCGCGCAGCAGGUGCAGACGGCCUACAUGGACUACGUGCUCCUAGACGCCCGCACCCUGCGGUCUGCUAAGCGUGGGCCGGCGGACCCCGGUGGGGCCGGGGGGCCCAGCCGCCGGCAACGCCAGCACCGCAGCCGCAGUACCUCCAGCCUCAUGAGCCUGGGCAGCGCUCCAUUGCGCCCCGGCGGCGCCAGCUCAGGCGCCGCUAGCAUGAGCACCAGCAGCGGCGGCGCGCCCCCCAGCCAGGGUGGCGCCCGCCGCGGCAAACGCCACAGCAGCAACAGCAACCGCAACCGCCACGGCGCUGCCGUGGCCGUGAAUGUCAACGGCCUGGGCUCGCCGCUCAAGGCGCGGGCGCUGGUCUCGCACCUGCAGCAAGUUGGGGCGGAUGUGGCGAUGGUGCAGGAGACCCACGCUACUGACACGACGGCGCUGGAGUCUUGCCUUCGUGCUGCGCAGGGGGCGUGCCUUCCGUGGCGCCACUGCCUCGCUGCCAGCCCGGCAGCGUCGCCCCACUCCUGUGGGGCGGCUAUCCUGGCGCGGAGUCGGCUGUCCCUUCCAGGCUGCGUACUGCAGCCGCCGUCAACGGAUGCGGCGGGCCGUGUGGUAUGUUGGGAUUGGGACGUGGGUCACCUGCGCCUGCGCUUUGUGUGUGUGUAUGCGCCCACGGCCGUGGCGGACAAGCCUGCUUUCUUUGCCGGGCUGCAUCCCCACCUGGCCACGGACAGGGUGCUUGUUGUCGGUGGGGACUGGAACUGUGUCACCGAUGCCAGUCAGGAGGCGGCCCCUAGCCCGUCACGUGCUGCAGGUGCCCCGCAACUUGCCAGCCUCCUCGCCCAGUUCAGUCUGGUGGACCCCUGGGCGAGCAAGCGUGGCGGCGCCAAGGGCUACACGCAUCCGGCCACGCCCAAGCCGGCCACUCCCGCACGCCUGGAUCGGUGGUAUGUCAGUGCCACCGCGGCGCCGUGGGUGGUGGAUGUCGCUCGCACGUAUGGGGCGCCUGGGGACCACAACGGUGUGCUGCUCACCCUGUCCUUGCCCGACCUGCCACAUGCGCACCGGGAGCAGUGGCGCUUCCCCACAUACCUGCUGUUUCACCCCUCGCUGCGUUUGGAGCUCGAGCAGCGCUUGGAGGCGCACGUUGCCGCAAAUCCCGUUGCCAGUACAGGUGACGGCGCUUGCACGCAAUGGGAGGCGGACAAGUUCUUCUUGCGGGAGGCCGCCACCAGCAUCCACCGUCGGCAUGCACGCCAGACCCGGGAUGGGCUGCAUGGCGUGGUGCUGGCCGCAGACGCGGCCGCUGCCCUGGUCCGCCAGGAGCGGGCAGCUGCCGCAGCGGCCAGCCACAAUGCCCGCGCUGCACUGAUGGAGGAGCAUGGGGAGCGGGGCACUCGCUGGUUCCAUCGGCAGGCUGACGAGCCAGCAGCCGGCGCGCAGGAGCCCAUCACGCACUUGAAGGUGCCGGGGCAACCGGCGCCUGUGGCGCUCACGGGGCCGGGCACGCGCAACACUGUCUUCGCAGCCGCCGCAGCCAUGUACAGCAGCACCAGCCCCACCGGCCUGUUCCGCGUGCAGCCGGUCUGUACGGCGUCGCAGCAACAGCUUCUGGCGGCCAUUGACCGCAAGGUUCCGGCGGAUCUGCAGGCCGCCGCAGAGGGGUCCGGUGACGGCGCCCUCAGUGAUGCCGAGCUGAUGGCAGCGCUGGCUGGCUCCGCCAAUGGUAAAGCACCUGGGUCGGACGGGGUCCCGUACGAGGUGUACAAGGUUUUCUGGGCGCUGCUGGGUCCGCGCUUGUGUGCUGCUGCUGCCGCUGCCUUUGCUGCUGCUGCAGACACCCACGAUGGCGGCGAAAUGGCGGCGGCGCUGCCUGCCUCCUGGCGGGAGGGCAUCAUUACGCUCAUCUACAAGGGCAAAAGCCUGGACCGCGCCGAGCUGGCGUCCUACCGGCCCAUCACGCUGCUCAACUGCGACUUCAAGAUGGUGUCCAAGGCCGUCAGCGCCCGCCUGCAGCCCGCCCUGGAUGCAGUUGUGGAUGAGCUGCAGACCGCGUUCAUCACCGGCCGCUGGAUUGGAGACAACGCGCUGUACCUCCAAGGCCUGAUCGAAUGGAUGCGCCUGGACGUGGGCGCGGACGGCGCGCCACGGCAGGGUGGUGCGCUGUACUUCUUGGAUAUUGAAAAGGCGUAUGACCGGGUGCACCGGCAGUGGCUGUAUGCGUCCGCGGAGGGACUUGGGUUUGGGCCGCGCAUGCUGCGCUGGAUCCGCCUGAUCACUGCCAACGGCUCUGCCCGCGUGUGUGUGAACGGGAUGCUCUCUGACGCCUUCCCAGUGCUGAACGGCUUGCCGCAGGGCAGCACCGCCUCACCACCCCUGUGGGUCAUCCAGAUGCAGCCACUGACAUCCUUUCUGCGGCGGCAGGUGGAGCAAGGGGCACUGCGCACGCCCCUGUUACCCAGCGGCGAGCAGGCGCCACCUGCUGCCCACCACGCUGACGACACGACCCUCACGGCGCGCGACCCGGCGGUGGACGGGCCGGUCCUGAUGGCGGCAGUACAGCUGUUCUGCCGCGCGUCCAACGCCCGUGUCCAUCCGGACAAGAGCAAGGCCAUGGGCCUUGGCAGGUUUGCGCACCUGACGGGCCCUUGCCCACACACGGGGGUGCCGUUUACCACUGGCGCCGUGACGCACCUAGGUGUGCCCCUGUCGUGGGACUCGGAUGCGGCUGCAGCUGACUUGUACACCCGGCGGGCUCGCGGCAUGGCGUUUGUGGCGCGUCUGUGGGCUGCCCUGUCUCUGACUCUCGUUGGCCGUGUGCACAUUGCGAAGCAGGUGCUGGCGGCGAAGCUGGCCUACCACUUCAGCUUCCUCAACCCGUCGCCUGCGCAGCUGAAGGAACUCACCGACGUGGUGGACCACUUUGCUGCGCGCUCCAUGCACGCUGAGGACGCCAGCCUGGUGUCGCACGGGAACCCGCUCCUGCUGCCCAAGCGGGAAACGGCCUGUCUGCCGUACAAGGAUGGGGGUGUCAACCACGUCGACCUGCCUGCGUUCCUGUCUGCCCUGCAAGCUAAGACUUUCGCCCUCCUUGCCCAGCCAGGCCGGCAACCAUGGAAGACGCUCACCCGGGCGCUGCUUACCCAUGUGCGCCCGGACUCCGCCACCACGUGGGCGUGGGUGUACAGCGACGCGCCGGCGCCAGCGGGGCUGCCUGCCCGGCUGGCGGCCGCGGUCGGCCACGUGCGGAGCGCGGGUGUGGAACAGCAUCCGCCGCAGCCAGCCACUCAGCCGCCAGCGGCGCCGCCACAGUGGCGGGUUAGCCUGGACCAGCUGUGGGUGGCUAACGCUGCGGGGGCUGUGUCCUACGUCCACUACACGGGGCGGCUCUUGGAGCCUGGGCCUGGUGUGCUGCCCCCGGCAGUGGAUGGGGCGUGGCAGCCUGCCUGUGUGCUGCAGCAUCGCAAGCCGCGGCACCUGUGGACCUUUGAAGAGCGGGCGGCGUACGAUGCAGCAUCACCAGGGGAACGGGCAGGGGCGUGGCCUCGGGCGCCGUACUUCCUGGCGCCGGAAGCUGGGGUGGUGGUGCACCCGGAGCACUGCCGGAUUGCGGGUGUCAGCUUGGCGGACUACACGGUGCGGGACGUGCGGCGGGCCAUCACCGCGGCUAACCCGGCCGCACCUCCGACUCCGGCCCGCCCCGCAGCCAUGCCGUGCCCGGCGCCAGCACAGCAGGCGGGGGGUUCGGGGACCCAGCCGGCGGCACAGUCGCGGCUGGCGGAGCGGGAGGCGGAGUGGCAGCGUGCAGCGGCGCAGCUGACCACCACGGCGGCGCAGCACUUCCACAAUAACCCGGUGGCUCUGGACCCCUGGCUCCACCGCACCUCUGCGGCAGCCGGGCUGCAGAACACGCCGGCGAGAGAACUGCAGUCGUAUGCGUCCCCGUCCCAGCAGUCGGGUGAGGGGCCGCGGCGGUCCGCGCGGCUGCAGGAGCAGGCGGCGGGAGGGGCGGGACCUAGCACUGGGCCUGCCACGGCGGCGGCGGCAGCAGCGGCGGCAGUGGAGGGCGACCCUCGCAUGCCGCCCCCGGAUGCGUCCCUUCUGCGGGGUACGUGGCGGAGGCUGUGGGACAGCCACGCCAGUCGGGGGGCAAAGGUGCUGGUGUACCGGCUGCAACAUGCUUACCUGCCUUGCGGGCUGUACAGGGCGGGCAAGGGCAUUCGGCCACGGGUGACCACGGGGUGCGGGGGGUUGGGGGCGCACUGUCCUCACCCCGCCUGCGGGCCACCUGGCCCGCGGGCGUGGGCCAGCCUGACGCACAUCUUCCUGGAGUGUCCAGCUUAUGCGCAGGCGAGGACGUGGCUGCAGCAGCUGUGGGCCUGCGUUGCGCCCCAGGCAGCGGCGCCGCCAGUGACGGACGCGGGCUUCAUGCUGGGGGACCGCAUGGGUAUGUGGACCUCAGGCCCGCGGGGGGCGGGCGCACUGCUGUGGAGCACUUUGCGGGCCACCUUCUUGUACGCCGUCUGGUGUGCGUACUGGUCCCGUGAGCCUGCUAAGCAGACGUCGGAGCAUGUGGUUCGGGAGGUGGUCAGCGAGCUGCGCAGGGUGAUGCAGCUGCGUUUCACUGCUGCCACGCUAACCCCUGAGACCCUGUCGGCUCUGCCCACUCAGCUUCUCACCGCACAGCUCAAGGCGGCUAAGCUGGAGCACUUUGUUGCCAUCUGGACGGCGGGUGGCGCGCUUUGUGAAGUGGAGGAGGUUCAGGGUGGGUCACCGAAGUUGCACUUGCGGCUGACGCUUGCAUCCCCUGUGCAGGCCCCCUAGGUUUCCUUUUGGGCGGCGUUUCUUUCCAGGCGCUGGCGUGGCGUAUUAUCGUCAUCAGCUUAUCUGGCGCCCCAUGUGUCAUAGCUCUGGCUGGAGUGGCAGUGCCUGGGCGGCUGUGGGCCUUCCUGCACAGCGCGUCUUGCAGCGGGCUGGAGCCCGAUUAGUCAGCGCCACAU